AUGUCUCUCGAAAAAGAAACGCCUGGCCAAUACCUCUUUCCGGUUCCACUAGAAGAAAACAACCCUGAGGCCGGAACAGAAGUGUUUGAUCAAGAAGAAGAAGAUCAAAAUGGAUUUCUCUCGCAGGAAAUGAUUGAGUUCCUGGAAUACGAGCAAGGAAUCGAAAUUCCGUGCGCGGAAGUUGAUUUAACAAGCAGCGUGCUUGAUCCUAUUCCACUAGAAAAAGAUGGCUCUGUGACCGAAACGGACGAUGGAUUGCUGAUGUUCGAGGAGAUUGAACAAAAUGAACUCUUCCAGGAAAUUAACCAAUUCUUGGAUCUGGAGGAAAUAUUCCAAAUUCCAUGCACUGAAACUAUGAACAGUGAGCAAGAUCCCACGCCAGGACCAUCAUCAGGAGAAAAUAAAGACUUGGAUUGGAAGGAAAACAAAGAUCGUGGAAAGGAGGAAAUCCAAGAGGCGGAAGAAGAGAGAAAAACUUCUGCUCCUUCUAAAACUGGAUCAAACGGCAUUAAAAAGCGAGACUUUAGAGGCAAAUGCGGCGAAUGCAACAAGAUAUAUCUCCAAAUUUCCUGUCACUCCAAGAAAAAGCACAAUGGAAAGAUGGAAAAGUGCACCGCCUCUCGUGAUUGCAAAGAAUAUUUCGCCUCAGUUCAAAAGAGAACCGAGCACGAGCAAAAGGAGCAUUCGGAACGAAAGAAACUCUGCUGCCAAAUGUGCAAUUACUCGACAGAGUGGAAGAGUAACUUGAAAAGACACGUUCGACUGAAGCAUUCGGAGAAGGAAAUCAAAUGCGGACAGCAGAAGUGUGAAACAAUGUACAGCAAGCUCCAAGAAUAUGUCCAGGACAAAGAGACAGUGGACAGACUAUCCGCCUCAUCUUGUGGCAAACGCAAUUCCAUCAACGUGCCGAAAGACAAGCGUCUCUGCGAGCGAUGCGAACAAUUCUACGCAUUGGAAUUGGACGCAAACGGAGAUCCCAAGCCGCUGGACCCGGGAAAUUUGUGUAGAUUCCAUCCUGGCAAGCUUGUUACAUGCACUUUUGAUUGUUACUACCUGUGCUGCUCCUGGAGCAAAGACGCAAGCCCCGGCUGCUCGAAGCACGAGUACCACGUCUCGGAAGAUCCGCUUUUUGACGACAAGAGCGAGUACGUGUCGACCGCAGACGGCUGCGGAUCAAAUCGGGCGGUUUUCGCCCUCGACUGCGAAAUGUGCAUCACCAAGAACGGUUUCGAAUGCGCCCGCGUGUCCAUCGUGGACGAGAAUCGGGUCGUUGUUUACGAUGCUCUGGUCAAGCCUGAAACCAAGAUCCUUGACUACGUCACGCAGUUCAGCGGAAUCACCAGAGAUUUGCUCGAGAAAGGUCCAACGAAGACUUUGAAAGAAGUGCAGGAGGAUUUGUUGAGGUUUAUCAAGAAGGACUCCAUUUUGAUUGGACACAGCAUCGACCACGACUUGAAGGCCCUCAAGCUUCACCAUGACCAGUUAGUGGACACCGCCAUCGUGUUUCCGCACCAAAACAAGAACAGCAGGCACUCGUUGCGGUGGCUGGCUGAUUAUGUAAUGGGACGGAAAAUCCGAAAUCACGGAAGUGGCCACGGACACGACAGCGCAGAGGACGCGAAGGCGUGCAUGGACCUGAUGCGUUUUAAAGUAGGACCUAUUUGA